AUGGGCACCACCAGCAAGACAGCUGCCUCGAGCAGAAAGCGGAAGCAAGUCGAUGGUGAACCCACCGUUCCAGACACCAAGUCAGUAGCUACCUCUUCGAAGAAGGUCAAGAGGUCGAAGAAUGAGUUAGCCCUGGCUACAGACGAGAAGCGAGCACGCAGAUUCCGUGAUAAAGCACCCCAAGCAUUCGCUGUCAUCUACGAACGAGCCACAACCCAACGCUUUUUCGUCCUCUCGCGUAAACGCACAUCCGAAUUUGUCGGCUUCCAAAGCCCCGGAGAGGAGGUGGAACUUGCUGGCUCGACAGGCAACGUCUACACCGUGACGAUUAAACGACAGCCGGAAUGCACCUGCCCCAUGGGCGAGAAGAACGAACAGUGCAAGCACAUUGUUUACGUGCUGGCCCGGGUACUGCGUGCCAAGUACGAAUAUGUUUACCAGCUGGCAUUGCUGAGCUCCGAGCUCGAAGAGAUCUUUGGUUAUGCCCCUCCGAUUCUGGAAGAUGGAGACAGUGCUGCAACAGGUGGCGAAGAUGACAAGAAGAGGAAGCCGAUUGAAGAGGACUGCCCCAUCUGCUUUUGCGACAUGGAGGCAAACAAGCCCGCGGAAGUCGUCUGGUGCCGUGCGGCUUGCGGUCAGAAUAUUCACAAGGAAUGUUUCGAGAUGUGGGCGUCCACGAAACGGAAGCAGGAUGAUGGAGCCAAAGAAGUUACUUGCCCGUACUGCAGGAGCAUUUGGGAAGGUGAUGAUGACAUGAUCGGGAAGAUCAAGAAGGGGAAGGUGACCUCGGAAGGAUACGUCAAUGUUGCUGACCAGUUGGGCAUUAGCGCCAAAACAACUCUGCGCAUCGCCUUGAAAAUCCUCUCUUUCGCCUUCUCGGCAAUGACAUUUGAUUUCCUCGAGCCUGAAGAAACGGACCCCCGCCGCCAAGUUGCCGAAACCGUCUUACGAGCAUUUGUCAAUCCGAUAGAUCCCGGCUCGUCUAACAACGAAAACGUACCCAUCCCCGUCCUCUACCUCGGGCACUAUCUUCUGGUCUUCGUCACGUAG